AUGUUGAAACAUCUUUCGGUCAAUGUUCCGUUUAUAGAAGCUUUGGAGAAAAUGCCUGGAUAUGCAAAAUUUAUAAAAGAUUUGGUGACCAAGAAGAGGGCAGUCAGUAUUGAGAAUGGUGAGAGGUUGCAACAUUGCAGUGCUAUUGCUACUAGGUCACUUGUCCAAAAUAAAGAGGAUCUUGGAGCUUUCACUAUUCGUUGUACCAUCGGGAUUUUACACUUUGCAAAAACUUUGUGUGAUUUGGGUGCUAGCAUCAACUUGACGUCGUUGUCCAUUUAUAAGAGGUUGGGUUUAGGGGCACAAAAACUGACUGCGAUGCGUCUACUCAUGGCUGAUAGAACUGUGAAGAAGCCCGUUGGUGUUCUCAAAGAUGUCCUUGUGAAAAUGGAGUCGUUCAUUUUUCGAGCGGAUUUUGUGAUACUUGAUUGUGAGGUUGAUUUUAAGGUUCCCAUUAUCUUAGGGAGACCAUUCCUUUGUAUUGGGCAAGCGUUAUUCGAUAUAGAGAGAGGGCAGAUGAAGUUCAGACUUAAUAAUGAGGAGGUGACUUUAAAUAUAUGUAGGUCAAUGAAGCAGAAAAGUGAUCUCAAGUUGGUAUCAGUUGUGAAUCAUAUUGUGGAGCGAGGUUAUGAAGUGUCUAUUGAAGAGAGGUUGUGUGUUGAUGCACUGGCAGCUGUAAUGAUGAAUUUUGAUGGUGAUGGUAUUGAAGACUAUGAUGGAUUAGUUGUCACACUUGAUAGGUUCAAAUUUUGUUCCAAACCAAGAAGAUUGGAGUUAGAUAUGACGAAUCACGACUCUCCGCCCACAAAACCAUAUGUGGAAGAGCCUCUAAAAUUGGAGCUCAGGGCUCUAGCAUAUCAUUUGAGGUAUGUAUUCUUGGGGAAAGAUGGCACUUUACCGGUAAUCAUUGUUGCAGAUCUGAGUGGUGAACCAAUAGAGGCAUUGGUUUCAGUUUUGAAGAGGUUCAAGCGGGAUUUUUGA